AUGAAAGAAGAACGUGAUACGACAAAGCUAAGAGUCGUAUUCGAUGCAAGCGCAAAGACAAGUACCGGACUCAGCCUAAACGACAUACUUCACACAGGACCUAAACUACAGCAAGAUCUCAUAGAUAUUCUGAUAAGAUGGCGAAAACACAAAAUAGCCAUAACAGCUGACAUCGAGAAAAUGUAUAGGCAGGUGAAAUUGGACAGAGAAAACCAGCCAUUACACUCUAUACUCUGGAGAAACACCAAAGAUGAGCCAAUUCAAACCUACGAAUUAACCACUGUAACCUACGGUACAGCACCAGCAGCUUACCUGGCCAUAAGAACAAUGAGACAACUAGCUACAGAUGAAAAGAAAAACCACCCCCUUGCGGCUGAAAUAGUGCUACGGGAUUUCUACGUGGACGAUCUUCUGAGUGGCGCUGACACUAUUGAAGAAGCACGACAUAUACAAAAGGAAGUAACUGACCUACUCAAAAAGGGAGGAUUCAAUAUAAGAAAGUGGAAAUAUAACGUACUGACCGAAAGCAAAUCCACCGUCACGCUGGACGACAAAAAUGGACCAACCAAGACGCUCGGUAUAACAUGGACUCCCAGAGAAGAUAAUAUUCAGUAUCUAAUAAAACGAAACUCCGAACAUCGGUUAACCAAAAGAAAAAUCUUAUCAGAAAUCGCCACAAUCUUCGAUCCUCUUGGAUUAUUAUCUCCAAUCAUUAUACAGGCGAAACUGUUAAUGCAAGAAAUAUGGAAAACCAACACAUCUUGGGAUGAACCACCACCAGAGCACAUCAGGAACACCUGGAAAAACUUCAGAAACGAGCUUCCAAAAUUAGAAGAAAUUCAAGUUCAACGCUGGAUUCACCUACGACGUGGUCAACCCUUGGAAAUACAUGGAUUCUCAGAUGCAUCCCUGAAAGCAUAUGGCGCUGCAGUAUACAUAAAAACAACAGACACAAAUGGGAACACCCACGUAGGACUCCUGGCUUCCAAAUCAAAAGUAUCACCACUAAAAAAUACAAAGACAAUCCCGCAGUUAGAACUCUGCGCAGCCCUUCUUCUAGCCAAACUCAUCAAACGCUGCGUUACGGCCCUGAAUCACAACAAUUCGAAAAUAUUCACCUGGUCCGACUCUCAAGUAGUAAUAUCAUGGAUAAACGCUGACGCUGGAAAGUGGAAAAUGUUCGUCGCGAACAGAGUUCGAGAAAUCCAUAACCUGCUAGGUCAAGGUCACUGGUACUACGUAAGGUCAGCCGAUAAUCCGGCAGAUUUAAUCUCACGAGGAUUGAGACCCAGCGCGCUUGCAAGCAAUAACCUUUGGUGGAAUGGACCCGAAUGGCUAAAGCAUGGACUGAAAGAAGAAAUCCCACAAUAA